AUGAUAAGCAGCUGCUGUCAGCUGUGUGCGGCACAGAACUCGACGUUCGUGGCAACAAUUGUCAGCUCGAACAACACGUUGCAGACGCUGAACGAGACGCGGCUCAAUGAAACGAUAACAAUCAAUAUAACAACAACAACAACAACAACUACACCAGCAAUAAGCUCAACAACAGCAGCAACGGACACGACAACAACAGCAACUGAUACGACUACAACAAGCAGCACGACAGCAACACCUGAUGCAAGCAGCUCAACUAUAGCAGCAACUGACACAACAACAACAACAGAAGCAACCACAUCUAGCACAACACCAGCAACAGAUAGCUCAAGCACGACAGUCACAGCAGCAACAACCCUGGAGCCCUACCCUAUCGCACCGUAUCCAACGGUUUACGGUCAGCUGUCCAGCCUGGAUAUAGCCAGGCAGAUGCGCAGGCUCAAGAAGCAGCGACUGGGCCGUGUGGGCAGAAAGCCAGGACGCAAAGGCCGCAAGUUGCGCAGGCGCAGCACAACAACAACAACAACAACAACAUCGACAACAACGCCAGCAACAACGACUGCAGCCGACGAUGGUGAUGACAACAACAACAACAAUGAUGAUGAUGAUGAUGAUGGCAACGCUGCUGAAGAUCCCAUCUUGGUGGAGCCCCUGCCAGAGUUGCCGCUGCGCCUGGGCAACAUCGAGAACCAGCGCAUCGAUCAAUGAAUGCAUUGAGCUGAACCCGAAUCGAUUUAUGAAUCACUAAGCUAGACUUGAAAUUUAUGAUAUAAUAAAGCCUCAUAUUGAACGACUUAUGUA